AUAUACUAAUAUAACAACAACUCAACAACUUUCAUUUCAUCACUCACUCACUGUAACCGUCACCGGUAACUUAGCUUCCUUCUCACUCCUCGUCUUCUCUUCCGUCACGGCGGUGAGGGCUAACGUCAAUGUCAUCACCUUUCCAAACCCUCACCGUCAUUGCUUUCCACAAACAGUUCAUCGCCGACGCCACCGCCGACCGCCACCCGCCACGCUUAGUCAACGUCUCUAUACCUUCCUCCUCAAAGAAGAACAAGAAACGUAAAACGAGGUCGUGGCGGUUACAAUUCUUCGUCCGCAUGAUGUGGAAGUGUGACACGUUAGUGAUUCGCGCUUCAAGAGAGGAUACAGUGGAAACGCUUCUUGUGCAGAUUUCGCUCAAGAUCAAAGUUCCCGUUGUUUAUCUAAGAUUAAUAUAUAAAGGGAAAGAGCUUCGGGUAGAACAGAAUCUUGGUGAAUGCGGCGUCGAAAACGAUUCGAAUCUUCAAUUGGUUGGACGUUUGAAGAGUAUAGCGUGUCCUGUUGUGUGGAGAGCCACACAAGGAAUUGUCUCGUUGAUUCGCUGUCUUUGUAGAAAUGAAGUGGUAUGUGAUACUUACGUUCUUAUUGAAAAUCACUUCAAGAAGUACAUGGAUAAUCCUGAAUAUUUUGGUGUUUUUAUGUUUAUGAAAAUUCCUGCAUUGUUGGUGAAUCUCUUAAUGUCCCCUUGGGCUUCUAAUAAGACUAUUGCUGAUUUGUCUAUUAGGGGAUUUGUGCAAAAAAGUUUAGAAGUUAAGUGCAGAACGUUGCAGGGUUUGUACAUUGAAGUUGUGUUGGAGUUUUGUGAAAUGCUUAGAGGGGUAGGAUGUAAGUCUGAUAAUCUUUUGUAUGUUUAUUGCCGGAAUGGUUUUGCGACUUUGUUGGCGCAUGUUGGUGUUCUCUUUAGGAAUUCGAAGCGGGGGGUUUUGCUUCAAGGUGUUUCUUACUGUGUUCGCGAGGUUGCAGAUGGGUUGUUGAAGUAUUUGGAUUCAAGUAUGAGUUGUGUGAACUCCGGGGAGAUUUCAUGCUCUGAUGUUCGGGGUUUUGUGAAUUUCUCAACACCUUUGAGGGAGGGAAUGGCCGAGCAAGAAGGCGAAUUCAAGAAUUGUGGAGUUCAUUAUGCGGAAGAUCCCUCGCUUGCAGGAGUAGUUGAUCAGCUUCGUAUUGUAUUUUUUCAGUUAUUGAGCAAAAUGGACGAGUGUCUUCAAUUCAUGGAGAAUUGCUUGGCUAACAAGGAACAAGGAGAAGAGGAUAGGGAUGCUACUCAUUGUGGGCGGUCUCAUUAUCUUUUCAUCUUGACGGAAUUGUAUCACAUCUCUAAGCUCUAUAGUGGUGCAGAAGAGAUGUUUUGGGGAGUUUUGUUGCGUCGAAAAAAUAUGCUAUCUUAUCUUAUUGUUUGGUAUGCGGAGAUAACUGAUGGUCAUCGAUGGGUUCUCGAGAACAUCGGUGUGACCAAUUUUGAAUCUAGGAGGCAUUUGGCGAUGAUGCUAUUCCCUAACUUAAACGAUCAAGUAUUAGAAUUUGAGAUGCUUAUCGACAGGUCUCAGGUUUUGGCUGAAUCUUUCGAGUACAUAUCAAGAGCUAAGCCUGAUUCUCUGGAGGGUGAUCUAAUUAUGGAAUUCAAGAAUGAGGAUGCUAGAGGACGGGGUGUACUGAGGGAGUGGUUUGUUUUGGUGUGUCAGGAAAUAUUUAAUCCAAGAAAUACUCUUUAUUUGGCAUGUCCAGAUGAUCAAAGGAGAUUUUUUCCCAAUGCUGCAUCUAAGGUAGAUCCUCUGCACCUGAAGUACUUCAGCUUCUCUGGACGUAUGAUUGCAUUAGCUUUGAAGAGUAAGGUGCACGUGGGCAUUGUUUUUGAUCGUGUGUUUUUCAAGCAAUUGGCUGGAAACUAUAUUACUUUAGAAGAUAUCCGGGAUGCAGAUCCUAUGAUAUAUCGUAGCUACAAGAAAAUAUUGGAGAUGAAUGCUGAUUAUAUUGAUACAGAUGAAUUAGGACUGACAUUUUCUAUAGAGGUGGAGGAAUUAGGACACAGGAGGGUGAUAGAGCUUUGCCCUGGCGGCGAAAGCAUUGUUGUGGAUAGUAAGAAUAGGGAGAUGUAUGUUGAUCUUCUUAUACAGAAUCGUUUUGUAACAUCCAUAUCUGAGCAGGUAUCACAUUUUGCUACGGGGUUUGAUGAUAUUAUGUAUGGCAAAAGGCUAGAAUUCUUUCGAUAUUUAGACCUUGAAGAUCUUGAUCGGAUGUUGUAUGGUAGUGAAAAUGCCAUUUCUGUUGAAGAUUGGAAGGCACAUACUGAGUAUGAUGGCUAUAAAGAGAUCGAUCGACAAAUAUCUUGGUUUUGGGAGAUUGUUGGGAGAAUGUCGGUGGAGCAAAAGAAGGUUCUUCUGUUCUUUUGGACAUCUGUGAAAUAUUUACCAGUUGAAGGUUUCCGUGGUUUGGCUUCCCAUCUAUCCAUUUGCAAAUCGAACGAACCUGAAAAUCACUUGCCCACAUCUCACACAUGUUUAUACGAGCUGUGCUUUCCCCCGUAUUCUUCUAUAACUAUCAUGCAAGAUCGCCUUGGACUCAUCACUCAAGAACACAUGAGCUGCAGUUUUGGUAUUCCAUAAUGGUGAAUAGAUAAGUGGUUUUGAAUCUUUUGAUUUCACUUAGAAAUACCAUUUCACACCUUUGUACAAAUUUAGGAUAGGAUUAUUCCUUUCCCCCCUCCUCUUGAAAUGAUAGUCUAGAAGGCUUUUUGUUCUGCUUCUCAAAUCAAUUCUGGGGGGCAUUGUCCUUGAUCUCCUGUGCAGUGUUUAUAUGAGGGGGUCAAGAGUCAAAGAAACCGGAUUGAAGAAAAUCAGUUUUGGUGUUUGGUUAUAUUAGUAUAUAGCUAUGGGUUAGCCAUGCUCCAAGAGCAACUCUUGACAUUAUUAAGAAUUAGCAUUUCUAUAAGUCCUACAAUUAAUUUCUCAUUCUUUUUAAUUCUGGCGACUGCAUCUCGUGAAAUAUAUAUAUUUUACAAUGUGAAGGAAGCAAUGCAAUUCCUCUUCACUCUGAAGAUUUAUGGAGUUAUAUUAACUCAUGACAGGCUCACUCUUUAAAAAUCUGAAGUAUGUCUGGUGAGUUAUUUUGCCAGCAUAUCUCUCUCUCUUCGUUUCGAGCUUCAAUUGUUUUGAAUCUUGAGGUUGCAAUGAAGAAAAUCAAUGUUAUAUCGAAUAUUUAACUUAUAAAUAUAUUUCCUUUUAAAAAACCUUACACCACUUACACUUAGUCGUGUAUUGUUAAUAUAUUAACCCAUUUUUUCCCUUCCGUUUCAACUCUAAUGAUUUUUAGAACCUCAGCGGGAUGGAGAACAAAUUCUUAAGAAGAUUUUGUGAAGAAACACAAGAUGAUAAAUAGUUGGGACAAAGACAAGAAUAUAAAAUAAAUAUUAUUUAUUCAAAUCUAGAGAGAAACACAGUAACACACCAUGACAAACCUUCUUAAGAACUAUAGCCCCUUAUCACUUCAAUACACGACUCAUGGAAUAGAGUUUCACAUGUCCACCACUCAGCAUGUAUAUAUAUAUGCAGAUGUGGAGCCAAGUGCCAUACAAAUAACCAUAUCCAAAAGCCUUACCAUAAUAACAAUAAUAAACUUUAAUAAA